AUGGCUGCAUUGCGUGUGUUGAGAACCUGGAGCCGGAAUGCUGGGCAGCUGAUUUGUAUUCGAUAUUUUCAAAUAUGUAGUAAUGUUCAUGUUUUGAAGCCAAAUUAUGUGUGUUUCUUCAGUUAUCCUUCGUUCAAGUAUAGCCAUCCACAUCACCUAUUGAAAACAACUGCUGCUUUACACGGACGAGUUGUUCAAUUCAAACUCUCGGACAUUGGAGAAGGGAUUAGAGAAGUACCUAUUAAAGAGUGGUAUGUAAAAGAAGGAGAUACAGUGUCUCAGUUUGAUAGCAUCUGUGAAGUACAAAGUGAUAAAGCUUCCGUGACCAUCACUAGUCGUUAUGAUGGAGUCGUUAAAAAGCUCUAUUAUAAUCUAGAUGAUAUUGCCUAUGUGGGGAAGCCAUUAGUAGACAUAGAAACAGAAGCUUUGAAAGAUUCAGAAGAAGAUGUUGUGGAAACUCCUGCUGUGUCCCAUGAAGAACACACGCACCAAGAGAUCAAGGGCCAGGAAACACUGGCAACUCCAGUAGUUCGCCGCCUUGCAAUGGAAAACAAUAUUAAACUGAGUGACGUUGUUGGCACAGGAAUAGAUGGCAGAAUUCUUAAAGAAGAUAUUCUCAACUAUUUGGAAAAGCAGACAAGAGCUAUAUUACCUCCUUCACCAAAAGCUGAAAUUGUGCCACCUCCACCAAAACCAAAAGACAUGACUAUUCCCAUACCAGUAUCCAAAUCUCCAGUAUUCACAGGCAAAGACAAAACAGAACACAUAAAAGGCUUUCAAAAAGCAAUGGUCAAGACAAUGUCUGCAGCCCUGAAGAUACCUCACUUUGGAUAUUGUGAUGAAGUCGACCUUACUGCGCUGGUUAAGCUACGAGAAGAAUUAAGACUCAUUGCUUUAGCUCGUGGAGUUAAACUCACCUUUUUGCUCUUUUUCUUAAAGGCUGCAUCCUUGGGAUUACUACAGUUUCCCAUCCUUAAUGCUUCUGUGGAUGAAAACUGCCAGAAUAUAACAUAUAAGGCUUCUCAUAACAUUGGGAUAGCAACGGAUACUGAGCAGGGUUUGAUUGUCCCUAAUGUGAAAAACGUUCAGGUCUGCUCUAUAUUCGAGAUCGCCACUGAAUUGGAUCGCCUCCAGAAACUGGGCUCUGCAGGUCAGCUCAGCACUGCCGAUCUUACAGGAGGGACGUUUACUCUAUCCAACAUUGGAUCGAUUGGUGAUACCUAUGCCAAAGCACUGAUAUUGCCACCUGAAGUAGCCAUUGGAGCCUUUGGAUCAAUUAAGGCCGUUCCCGGAUUUAACCAGAAAGGAGAGGUGUAUAAGGCAUAGAUAAUGAAUGUGAGCUGGUCAGCUGAUCACAGAGUUAUCGAUGGUGCUACAAUGUCACGCUUCUCUAAUUUGUGGAAAUCCUACUCAGAAAAUCCAGCUCUGAUGCUACUAAAUCUGAAAUGAAGACUGUUAAGACAUUUUUGAAUUUUCUGAAUGUCCAAAGAGUUUGUAAAGCCUCCCUGUGCCAGCACAUGUUUAUCUUUCUUAUUUGUAAUAUAAAUGAUUUAUAUUCUAUGAUUAAGGUUCUAAGGCACAAUAUUUAUCAUGGUUCUAUUAGACUUUUUACUGACAAUGAAUAAUGGUGUAAUGGUUCUUCUUCUGUAAUGUGAC